AUGCCAAUGAUCCAUCUCCAUUAGAGCAUUCCCAAACAUCUCCAGAAAUGGGUUCAUGGUGGUGGGCUUGUGCUUUUGUUUGCCUUUGUUUUCAGACCGGCAUUUCUGAUGGGCAAAGUCCGGCGGCAGCACCAGUGAAACCUCCACCUGCGGUGGCAAAGCCACCCUCAACUGCCGCACCCCCUACUGUUGUUACUCCUCCCAUUGCCACCCCUAAAGCUUCACCAUCUCCCAAAUUGGCACCAUCAAGUACUCCACCUCUCUCAGCUCCUUCAAAAUCACCGGCGCUACCACCAGCACCAACUUCACCUCCACCCUUGGCACCAGCCUUGCCUCCACCUGUCUCGCCACCAACUGUAGCACCAGCUCCAGCUACCGUAGCACCAUUGCUGGCGCCAGUGCCGUCGCCAUCAAAAGCACCACCUGCACCGUCACCAUUACCAGUGCCACCAACACCAGCGCCUGCACCAGCCAAAACCCCACCAGCACCAGCACCGGCACCAGUAGCACCAGCCCCGGCACCAGUACCACCAGUGCCAGCACCAGUGUCGGCGCCAUCACCAGCACCCGCUCCUACUAAGAGCAAGAAGAAGAAGAAGAAGAAGCAGCACAAGCACAAGAAGCACCAUCAUCAUCCACCAGCACCGGCACCGAGUCCACCAAGCCCACCGGCACCACCUACUGUUGAGGAGCAAGUUGCACCGGCACCAGCACCGGCGGCAGAUCAGAAUGGAGGGAUUGCAGCCUAUCAGAAGGGAGGACUAUUUGGAAGUUUGUCAAAGAUUGGAGUAGCUAUUCUUGUUACAAUAGCAAUUAUGGGCUAAAUUCCUUGAUUUAUUUAAUAUGGAUUUUUUUAAUAAGUUUUCAUAUACUAUAAGAGAUUGCUUAUUCCUGCUUAGAAGACAAGAAAAAAAGCUCCCAAAUGUUCAUAUUUAUGGAAAACUCAACAGAUCUAAAACAUAGUCAAGUGAUUUAUCAUAUGUGGUGGGAGAAAAACAAGAGGCGAUGGACUACCUUUUAGGAUGCAUCAACAAAUAUGAGAUUCUAUUACUUUCGAAGUUUGUCAGAAGGCUGUCAGCUCCUCUCCCUUAUGAGAAGCGGUUCAUUGUUCCUCUUGGGACAUUCCAAUGCAAUUUCGAUCUUCUGUUGAUAUUUUACUUUAAUAGCUUUAUUUAAUUUUUUUGGUGGCUUUUGUUGUGA